GCUCUUAGCUCUGUGCCUUCAUAGUUGGGUGUGUAGUUAGUGACCCAAGUGCUCACAGAUACCCCUUUCUUACUCUCUGCUCUGCCUUGACUGAACUUGAGUCAGGCUUCUCUCCUCCCCACCCAACCCUGAACGUUAGCUUGCCUGCAAAUCUGAGCAAGCACUAAAAUGCACAACAUGUUUCCUUGUUCGCUUACUCCCCAAAUCCGUGGACCACAGAGACGCAUUCUUGUCAAACCCCGCAGGGUGUUGGUGCCAGAAGGAAAGAAUGAUUGAUGAGAAGCAGACACCGGGCUAUAGACACUCAUCCUUUUGCUUCAGAUACUAUCAGUACAUCUGAGCAUCCCUUGUGAGCCACGAGCACUGAGGAUCACCCAGGGUUAUCGGAUGUACAACGGCAGAGCCAUCACAUCGCUAAAUCAUCCUUUGCUCCUGGACAUCUUUUACAAAAACCAAACUAGACCUGAGUGUAAUAGAUACGUUCUAGGACAACGAGAAAGCUGCACGUUGUUGGCGAUGCCUACCGCACAAGUAUGUUAGACUUCCACCCAAAUCCUCGAUAUACCUGAACACGCACAAUAUCAACCCUUGGCUUUUAGAUUUGGAAUCUACAUUGAGAUUUCAUCCUCUUUUUUUUUUUUUUUUUUAAUAUAUAGACUUACCUACAUAUACACAUAUAUGUAUAUGUAAAAGGGACAUAGAUCACAAAUAAGCAAACCCUGCUUUAUUACCACAAAGAUUGCCAAGAAUUUAGAGAUGUAUUUGUCAAGAUUCCUGUCAAUUCAUGCCCUUUGGGUUACAGUGUCCUCAGUGAUGCAGCCCUACCCUUUGGUAUGGGGACAUUACGAUGUGUGUAAGACUCAGAUUUACACAGAAGAAGGGAAAGUUUGGGAUUACAUGGCCUGUCAGCCGGAAUCCACGGACAUGACCAAAUAUCUGAAAGUAAAACUGGAUCCUCCGGACAUUACCUGUGGAGACCCUCCUGAGACAUUCUGUGCAAUGGGCAACCCCUACAUGUGCAAUAAUGAGUGUGAUGCAAGUACCCCCGAGUUGGCGCAUCCCCCUGAGCUGAUGUUUGAUUUUGAAGGAAGACAUCCAUCCACAUUUUGGCAGUCUGCUACUUGGAAGGAAUAUCCCAAGCCUCUCCAGGUUAACAUCACUCUGUCUUGGAGCAAAACCAUUGAGCUCACAGACAACAUAGUUAUUACCUUCGAAUCGGGGCGUCCAGACCAAAUGAUCCUGGAGAAAUCUCUCGAUUAUGGACGAACAUGGCAGCCCUAUCAGUAUUAUGCCACAGACUGCUUAGACGCUUUUCACAUGGACCCUAAAUCCGUGAAGGAUUUAUCACAGCAUACGGUCUUAGAAAUCAUUUGCACUGAAGAGUACUCUACGGGGUAUAUGACAAAUAGCAAAAUAAUCCACUUUGAAAUCAAAGACAGGUUUGCGUUUUUUGCUGGACCAUGGCUACGCAAUAUGGCUUCUCUCUACGGACAGCUGGAUACAACCAAGAAACUCAGAGAUUUCUUUACAGUCACAGACCUGAGGAUACGGCUUUUGCGACCAGCGGUUGGGGAAAUAUUUGUAGAUGAGCUACACUUGGCACGCUACUUUUAUGCGAUCUCAGACAUAAAGGUUCACGGAAGGUGCAAAUGUAAUCUCCACGCCACUGUGUGUGUGUAUGACAACAGCAAAUUGACCUGUGAAUGUGAGCACAACACUACAGGUCCAGACUGUGGGAAAUGCAAGAAGAAUUAUCAGGGUCGGCCUUGGAGUCCAGGCUCCUAUCUCCCCAUCCCCAAAGGCACUGCAAAUACCUGUAUCCCCAGUAUUUCCAGUAUUGGUAAUUGUGAAUGCUUCGGCCACUCCAAUCGAUGCAGUUAUAUCGAUCUGCUAAAUACAGUCAUUUGCGUGAGCUGUAAACACAACACUAGAGGGCAGCACUGUGAGUUAUGCAGGCUGGGCUACUUCAGAAAUGCUUCUGCACAGCUGGACGAUGAGAAUGUGUGCAUAGAGUGUUAUUGUAACCCUUUGGGCUCAGUCCAUGAUCGUUGUAAUGGCUCAGGAUUUUGUGAGUGUAAGACGGGAACAACAGGGCCUAAGUGUGAUGAGUGUCUGCCGGGAAAUUCCUGGCACUACGGCUGUCAACCGAAUGUCUGCGACAACGAGCUCCUGCACUGCCAGAACGGAGGGACGUGCCACAACAACGUGCGCUGCCUGUGUCCGGCCGCGUACACGGGCAUCCUGUGCGAGAAGCUGCGGUGCGAGGAGGCGGGCAGCUGCGGCUCCGACUCGGGCCAGGGGGCGCCCCCUCCCGGCUCCCCGGCGCUGCUGCUGCUGGCCGCGCUGCUGGGCACAGCCAGCCCCCUGCUGUUCUAGAUGGGCCACCAGCCACCGGCCGGGGCGCGUACCCGCCCGGGAGGGGGAGCCAACGCAACGCGAGCAUUCGCUGCUAACAUAGGAAACACACACUCAGACACCCCCACUCAAACACCGUGUACAAACUAAGAAGGCCUAACUGAACUAAGCCAUAUUUAUCAGCCGUGGACAGCACAUCCCGAGUCAAGACUGUUACUUUCUGACUCCAGAGGAGUUGGCAGCUGUUGAUACCAUCACCGCAAAUCACAUUGCCAGCUGCAGAGCAUAUUGCCGAUCGGAAAGGCUGUGACAGCCCCUGAAACAGGAAGGACAACAAACAAAUCAAGCAACCUAAAAACAUUCGCUACUCUCCCGCGGGGUGCCCCAGCACCACUGGCCCGGUGUGUGGACCAACCAAAUAGAAGCAUUCUUUGCUGGCAGUGCACUGUGGGUAUAAGGAAAUCUGUUACAAGCUGCCAUAUUGGCCUGCUUCAGUCCCUGAACCCCUUCCAACCUGUGCUUUAGUGAACGUUGCUCUGUAACCCUUGUUGGUUGAAAGAUUUCUUUGUCUGAUGUUAGUAAUGCACAUGUGUAACAACCCCCUCCAAAAGCUCAAGCCAGUCAUACCCCGUAUAUCUUAGCAGCACUGUUAUCCCAGUGCAAGCACACAUCCACUGUCCAAGAGUGGCUAUAGGAAAAAAAAGAAAAAAGAGAAAAAAAAAAAAAAAAGAAAGUGUAUCUAUCCUUUUGUAUUCAAAUGAAGUUAUUUUUCUUGAAAUACUGUAAUAUGUAGAUUUUUUGUAUUCUUGCCAAUUUGUGUUACCAGACAAUCUGUUGAUGUAUCUAAUUCGAAUCAGCAAAGACUGACAUUUUAUUUUGUCCUCUUCGGUUCUGUUUUGUUUCAUUGUGCAGAGAUUUCUCUGUAAGGGCAACGAACGUGCUGGCAUCAAAGAAUAUCAGUUUACAUAUAAUAACAAGUGUAAUAAGAUUCCACCAAAGGACAUUCUAAGUGUUUUCUUGUUGCUUUAACACUGGAAGAUUUAAAGAAUAAAAAUUCCUGCGUAAAUGAUUUCAGGAAUUUGUAUUGCAAUUUCUUAAGAUGAAUGGAGCAGCCAGCGAGCAGUUCCACACUCACUUUACUGGUUUCUCUGUGGACUGAAUACAUUCAGCUGAUGAAUUUAGUACCCAGGAAGAUGGAUUGAUGUUCACUAGCUUGGACAACUUCUGCAAAACAUGAGACUAUUUCCACUUGGGAAAAAAUUAUAACAGCAAAAAAAAAAAAAAAAGUCUAAAUGAUUGCCAAGAUUAUGCCAAAGCCUGUUGGCAGAGUACUAAGAGACUUUGAUUUUUUAAGUCAUGCUAUUUUCACAGAUUGAUGUGAUCGUGUGACUCUAGGGAUGCUGAUCUAUGUAUCUUUGCAAAUACAGUGUUUACAUGGAGUAUCAUGAGAGAAAACCUGGAGAACCAGGAAAUUCGCAGGGAAUUUGAGUGAUUAGCAAUUUGAAUAUAUUCAGACUUAGUAUUUAGAGGAAAUAUCAAAAUAUACAGCAGCAAGUAGACAUGACUGCUGUUCCUGAGAAUAAAGUUUGUUUUAAGUACCA